AGAUACAAGAAAUUACCCUUCUACAAUUACCCUUCUACAAGCACUUCAAUUCGUGAAAUACACGACAUGCGUGGACUAAAUUCACCUGGAAAUAAUAUAAACAAUAAAGAAAAUUUAGAAAAGCAAUCGAUAGAUUCAGAGCACACAUCUUGUUGUGAAAAAUGUCGGCGAGGAUAUUAUUCAAAAUUUAUGACACUUGAACGUAAACUCAACCGGAUUAUUCAUUUUCUGGAAAAUUCAAAAGAAGUACAACAUAAUGUACAACGACAAAUUGAUUUCUCUUUAUUACCAAAUUUUCCUCUCAAUACGGUGGAAGAAGUAGAAAAUUUCAAUAACCUUUUGAAGGAUGAUAACGUUCGGCGACAAUUUAUUGAGAAAAUGUCACAAAUAGGCGGAGAAACUGUAGCCAAAAAUGUAAGACAUAUAAUGUCGCAAACUAUUGGCUACGAAGUUGCGCAGGCAUAUACGUGGACAGGACAAAAAAAAGUUAUCUUUAAAAAAAUCGAAACUUUCGGAGUCAAUAAUUGCUAUUAUUUUAAAGAUGCAUAAUACAACAAUCAACGAAGUAGAAUAU